AUGGGCAUGAGCAGCUCCUUCAUGUCUCCUCUGUGUCUGCUACUCUUCAGUGGGUGCAGACUAUCCCCUCAUCCUUCCUUGAUCGUUCUUCUGUGCCUGUCACCUCCAACACGUCACCGCUUUCUCUUGUAUGAGCCGUCAUAUCUAGAUGCCCGAGACUUCGCAGCGGUUUUUAGCCGGCCCGGGGAGCAGCCCGGCCUUCGUAAAUACCGCCGGCCCGGGGAGCAGGAAGCCUCCCUGAUUCGCGACUUUGACGCACCCAGUCAAGUCGACCAAGCCCAGCAGCUGACGGGACCCAGCAGCAGUAGCAGCAGUUCUUCCAGCUCUCUCCUGCAGCUUCCAGCACUCCUGCAGCCUUCAGCUUACUCCUGCAGCUUCCAGCACUCCUGCAGCUUCCAGCUCACUCCUGCAGCUUCCAGCUCUCUCCUGCAGCUUCCAGCGGCCUCCAGCUCAUCCCUGCGGCGCUCUACUGACGUCCCGCUACCUAUUCCAGCACCCGCUGACGACCUAAUCCAGUGCCCACUGACGUCCAGCGCCCGUUAUCGUCCAGACACCGUUCCCGAACAAACGACCUCUGUCGUCUUACCAUCCACCGUUCGCAAAUAA